CGUCUGCCCUCGCCGCGCCCGCCCAGCCCCGGCGCCGCCAUGGAGGCCGCGCGCUCCCAGGCGCCGGGCCGGGGCUGCGGGCGCCCCCUCCCUCGCGCUGCCGACCGGGCCCCCGCGGCCGUCUCGGGCUCCGCCGCGCGGCGGGACGAGGCGCCGAGGCUGCGGCCGGAAGGGCCGGGCCUGAUCGCCGCGCCCGGGACGGGGCCCGCGCCGCCGCAGGGGCCCGCCGUGAGCGACGGCUUCGCGGGCCUGGAGUUGGCGCUGCCGCUGGAGCCGCGGGCCGCGGACCUGUGGGGCCCGGGGAGCUGGGUGGGGGCGGCGCCGGGGCCCCAGUCGGCGCACAUCCCGGUGCCCGCGCAGAGAGCCCCUCCAGGAAGAGCGCGACUGGAUGAGGUCAUGGCUGCAGCGGCGCUUACAAGCCUGUCCACCAGCCCCCUCCUGUUGGGGACCCCAGCUGCAGCCUUCAGCUCAGAGUCCGGCUUGGAGCCCUGGAAGGAGGCCCUGGGUCGGCCGCCGGGCAGCUACAGCAGCAGCAGCAACAGCAACAGCGGAGACUGGGACCUGGCCAGCGACCCGUCCUCCCCGUCCACACCGUCACCCCCGCUGCCCCCGGAGGCAGCCCACUUCCUGUUCGGGGAGCCGGCCCAGAGGAAGAGAAAGAACUCGGCCCAGGUCAUGUUCCAGUGUCUGUGGAAGAGCUGCGGGAAGGUGCUGAGCUCCGCCUCGGGGAUGCAGAGACACAUCCGCGUGGUGCACCUGGGACGCCAGGCAGAGACUGAGCAGAGCGACGGUGAGGAGGACUUUUACUACACAGAGCUCGACAUGGGAGUGGACGCGCUGACUGAUGGACUGUCCAGCCUCACCCCAGUGUCCCCCACGGCCUCCGUGCCUCCCGCCUUCCCCCGCCUGGAGCUGCCAGAGGCCUCCACCCUGCCGAGUCUGCUGCAGCCCCUGGCCCUGCCCCCGCCCCCAAUGCUGAGCUCAGUGGUCCCUGGACCGGUAUGUCACAUCCACAGUGACCACGCCUACCAGGGCUGCCUGGCGCCCAUCCACCUGGAGUCACAGCCCCCCACGGUCAGGUCCUGCUUCACGCCAGCCCUUCCCUCCAAGCUCGCUGCCAACCCCAGGAAGCCCCGCGGUGAUGCCAAGAAAUGCCGGAAGGUGUACGGCAUGGACCGCCGGGAGCUGUGGUGCACAGCUUGCCGCUGGAAGAAGGCCUGCCAGCGUUUCCUGGACUGAGCCUCUCCCCAGUCCCGGGGCUUCUUAAAGGGGAAAAUAAGCUACCCCCCACCAGGGCUGCACCACUUGGGAGAGGACAGGCCUGGACUCCCAGCAGCAGGUCCAUUUCCUAAUUGGGAGUCAGUGACCCUGGGCCCCCAGAGGUGGAGGGUCCCGACCACUCAAAGUGCCUCUGAAGAAACCAGCCUUUUGCACUAAAGUCAAACCACACGCCACCCCCUCACUGCAGGGUUCCCAUGGCGGCUACCCUACCUGUGAGCCCCAGACCUGCCAGGAUGCUGAUGGGGCCUCAGGCCGCACCGGGCCAGCCCUCAAUGCACUUGGAGGGUGCGUGGGGAGGGACCACCACACUUACCAUGAGGGUCUGAGGGCCCUAGGGUGGCGUUUGUACUGCAUCCCCAAGCUCAGGUGUCUCUGUCUGGGCCACACCAGACGAGGAGAAAAAUUAAAGAUUUGGGGUUUUUCCAGAAUCUGUAUCCGCCUCCUGGUGGGAAGAAAGGGUACUGGGACCUGUGGUAGGUGGGGGUGGCGGGCACCCCCAGGGGGCUGGCACGAGCCACCAGGGGCUGGGGGUCUCCCUUGGCCCCUGCUGAGCCCUCCUGGCUCCCCUCACUCAAAUGGACCUCAGGGACCUGUCAGGCUGUGACACACACACAGGCGUCGCUUUGAGCAGCAAUUUCCCGAUUUAUUGAAACUGGUCGCUUUUGCGAGAAUGUCUAAGCCAAUCCCGUCACAGAAAGGAAACCCACAAGCAGGCCAGAGCACACCUAGGCAGACAAGAAACCGCAAGACCCACUACCAGGAAGGUAAUGUUUACUUGUCCUGUGGUUACAGAGAAGCAGGACAAGAGUCGUGUUCCCCAACUGGUUAUGAAAGAUCUCUCCCCCAAAUAUUAAACACAUCUCCGAUACAAACACAGGUUUAUAAUAAUUAAUAUAAAGUCACUGUAGUAUAGAUUAUUCCCAGAAAAAAUUCAACAGUCUUCAAACACUGCCCCCCCCCUUUUUUUUUCUGUCUGUUUUGUUUUUAUUGACAGGUUCAAAGCAGGUUGAAAAAAUAAAUAUUUAGGAAAAGCACAAACAGCACCCUUACUGCAAGUCAUCCUAAACAAAAAGGCCAGAUACAAAACACAAUUUAGAUCUAAAAAAACAAAAACAGACAAACCAUUAAGUAUGGCUUUCUUGAGAGUUGCACAUGUCACAGAAUGAGCUAAAAUAAGAUUCUCAUAAUAUUACAAAAGAUUCCAGUUUUUGCAUUUCCUCAGAGUUUUCUUUCUUAAAAAGGAAGAUGUGCAAAAUCAGAAGCAUUAAGCUGUGUCUUUUGAGCUGAGGUCCCUAUUGAAUCAUGGCAGUGUUCUGACUGUUUUCCCAAACCCAGAGUCCAAAUACACAACCUGGUCAGGAUCCAGCGCUUAAUACAAAAACCAGAGGUCCCCCCGCCCCGGUGACUCACAGCUCCCGUGGACUGCAGUUCCCACUUUGGUGUUGCAAGCACCAAAAUACAAACAGACACAAACUAAAAAAUACAAAAUGUGAAAUGUAAUCUACACAUUUUCCUCUUAAUAAAAAAAUAUUUAUUAGUUUAAACAUUGAUUUAAAAACAAAAAAAAAAAGGUCAGAGAGACAUGUCCAUCUUGGUCUUAGAAAUUCCACACCCUUCCUAUCAGAACCUGCAACUGAAGAGAACACUUGGAGGAGUUGGUGGGAGGGGGCCUGGGACCCUCAAUUUUCUGGUGCAGUAUUUGUUUUAAAGAAGACUCCUGUGGCACCAACAUCAAACCCCAAAAAAGGCAGACGGGGCAACGGUCAGAGAGCAAGACAUCCUGAGUGUUGGGGGCAUGGUGCCCUUUGCAGGAGGUGGGCUGGCUGGUGGGCCAAGGUGGGGACUGGAUCCCAGACGGAGCCAGGAGACACUUGGUACAAAGGUCUAGUUGCCAAACGCAUUUUGUAAGAAAGUAAGUCUGUCUAGAAAAGAGGUUAAAAAAGAGACAUGGGGACAAGGUACAAAGUUCUGAGAGCAGGGUAAGGCCAAGACCUCCAUUGGUAAGGGCGGGGGCUCAUGCCCCAGAUCCCCAGGGAGUGGCCCAAGAGGGCAAGCAGAGACCAUGGUUAGGAAAAGCCUGGCCCCCGUUUCACUAAGGACUCCAGCCUUGGAGCUCACAGCAACCAGCUGAAGGAUGUGCGUGCAGGCAAUUCCGGCUCCAUGUAUAGCACCCUCUCCUAGUUGACAGGAACAGUUGCUGAUUUUAUUUUUUUAAAAAAAGCUUGUGGUUUCUCCCCUGUGGGCAGGCCUGGAGGCUGGGGCUCGUGUGUGUGACAGGGGAAACUCUCCCACUGGAACAUAAGGUCAGGGGUUGUUGGGGGGUUUCUUUUUUUGUAUAUAAACAAUAGCUGUAAUGCAGUUAAAAAAAAAAAAAAAAAAAGGCUUGUAAAGUCUGUGGAAGAAGAAAAU